AUGAAUCAAAAUCUCCAGCCUGCUCAGGACAUGUUUACCGAGGUUGCAAUGGAUGUUAAAGAAGGCAAUGGCGCAGGCGCCCAAGAUAACACCCCCAAACUACCACCUUCCGUCAAUGUUCCCUCUAAUCAGCCUAACACCGGUGCCUCUGUAAUGAAUACCAGCACCACCAGCCCUGAAUCAUCUGGUGGCGUAAAAAGCUGGCUUGGUGGUGUUGAGUCUCCAACAUCUAUCUACGAUGACGCGGAGGAUGGCGCUACCAUCAUAUCUCGCACCAAAAGUGCAGGCAAUGGCAGCAGAGGCUCUAACAAGGCCCCGCGCAACACCACUGCCAAUUCUCUCAGUGGGUUGAACAACCGGUUGGGGGAAAUCAUCCCCAUCUUCAAGGACUUCAACUCAAAACUCAACAUCGGCCUUGCUCCACCUGCCUCCCCAGUUAUUGCCCCUUCGCAAACGGCUUGGGUGGAAAACUGCUCCACCACGUCUACCACUGUGCUGCCCAUUGCCACUACCUCCAUUACUCCCCCUACUGCAACUGAUACCUUGCAAGGCAGCUUGUCUAUGCAGCCGGCCCAUACUCGUUGUCGUGCCGCUAUCACCUUCAUGAUGCAACAUGACAAAUAUCUGGGAGUUGACAGUACUGUUAAGUUAUUACAUUUAUGUCAUAGCCAUGGACACGUACCGCAGUCUCCCAGAAUCCGACGAACUUCACAAGGCAUAUGUAAAUUCAAAGCUGGAGUAAGAUAG